AUGCCCAGGUAUACGGUGCACGUGCGCGGAGAGUGGCUGGUGGUGCCCUGCCAGGAUGCGCAGCUCACGGUGGGCUGGCUGGGCCGGGAGGCCGUGCGGAGGUACAUCAAGAACAAGCCAGACAAUGGUGGCUUCGCCUCGGUGGACAAUGUGAGCUUCCUCGUGCGCCGCUGCAAGGGCCUGGGCCUGCUGGACCACGAGGACCCGCUGGAGGUGGCCCUGGAGGACAACGAGUUCGUGGAAGUGGUUAUAGAAGGGGAUGCCAUGUCUUCCGACUUCAUUCCAUCGCAACCAGAAGGAGUUUACCUAUACAGCAAAUACCGGGAACCCGAAAAGUACAUUGCCUUAGAUGGGGACAGCCUGACCACAGAGGAUCUGGUCAACUUGGGCAAGGGACGCUACAAAAUCAAGCUCACCCCCACUGCUGAAAAGAAGGUGCAGAACUCCAGGGAAGUCAUAGAAAGCAUCGUGAAAGAAAAAACUGUUGUUUACGGCAUUACUACAGGUUUUGGGAAAUUUGCCAGAACUGUAAUUCCUGUCAGUAAACUAGAGGAGCUCCAGGUCAACCUAGUACGUUCACAUUCUUCAGGUGUUGGGAAGCCACUAAUCCCUGAGAGAUGUCGGAUGCUCUUGGCUUUAAGGAUCAAUGUCUUAGCCAAAGGAUACAGUGGCAUUUCCCUGGAGACUCUCAAACAAGUUAUCGAAGUAUUUAAUGCCUCCUGCCUGCCCUAUGUUCCAGAGAAAGGAACCGUUGGUGCCAGUGGAGACCUGGCCCCACUCUCUCAUCUUGCUCUCGGGCUAAUUGGGGAAGGGAAGAUGUGGUCUCCGAAGAGUGGCUGGGCUGACGCUAAAUACGUCCUGGCAGCUCAUGGAUUGAAACCAAUUGUUUUGAAGCCAAAAGAGGGUCUGGCGCUCAUCAACGGGACGCAGAUGAUCACCUCCCUGGGCUGUGAAGCUGUGGAGAGGGCCAGCACCAUUGCUCGGCAGGCUGACAUAGUGGCGUCCUUGACCCUCGAGGUGUUGAAGGGCACCACCAAAGCCUUCGAUACUGACAUUCACGCUGUUCGCCCUCAUCGUGGGCAAGUUGAAGUCGCUUUUCGGUUUCGGUCCCUCUUGGACUCAGAUCACCACCCAUCUGAAAUAGCAGAAAGUCACAGGUUCUGUGAUCGUGUUCAGGACGCUUACACCUUGCGCUGCUGUCCACAGAUCCACGGUGUGGUGAACGACACAAUAGCAUUUGUGAAGAACAUCAUUACCACAGAAAUUAACAGUGCAACAGAUAAUCCUAUGGUCUUCGCCAGCAGGGGAGAGACUGUUUCUGGAGGAAACUUCCAUGGUGAAUAUCCAGCCAAAGCCCUGGACUAUUUGGCCAUUGGCGUCCAUGAACUUGCUGCAAUUAGUGAAAGAAGAAUUGAAAGGCUCUGCAACCCCUCCCUCAGCGAGCUGCCUGCCUUCCUGGUGGCUGAAGGUGGUCUGAACUCUGGAUUCAUGAUAGCCCACUGCACGGCUGCAGCCCUGGUUUCUGAGAACAAGGCCCUAUGCCACCCCUCGUCCGUGGACUCUCUCUCCACCAGUGCCGCCACGGAGGACCAUGUCUCCAUGGGAGGAUGGGCAGCAAGGAAAGCCCUCAGGGUCAUUGAGCACGUGGAGCAAGUGCUGGCCAUCGAGCUUCUUGCAGCCUGCCAAGGGAUAGAGUUUCUACGUCCUUUGAAAACUACCACUCCACUGGAGAAGGUCUAUGACCUGGUGCGCUCAGUUGUAAGGCCCUGGAUAAAAGAUCGCUUCAUGGCCCCAGACAUUGAGGCAGCGCACAGACUGCUCGUAGAGCAGAAGGUUUGGGAAGUAGCUGCACCAUACAUCGAAAAAUACAGAAUGGAGCAUAUUCCGGAAUCAAGACCUGUUUCUCCAACAGCAUUUUCAUUGGAAUUUCUGCACAGGAAAUCGACCAAAAUCCCAGAGUCUGAGGAUGUUUAA